CCCAAAAUAUAGAAAAAAUGGCAAGAAUUCAGUUAUUAGUAUGCUUCACCAUUCUUCUUGCAUCAGUGACCCUUCUUGACGUGGUUUCAGCUCACCUUAAGCUAAAACCAGCUCUGCCUCAAAUCGAAGAUCCAAAAACAGUCAAGGAUGUGGAGCCUUACACGGUUAAAGUAGUAAUGGUGUUUGUAUCGGACCUCGAGAAGGAAUGUCCCAAGACAAACAAAUUCAAGGCCUACUUUGAGAAGCUCAGAGCGUUCGCCAAGUAUGUUUGCCCAAUAGCAAAGAAAGACCAAAAAGAUUACGAUCGUGACAUGAAGGCCAAAGCAGGAAGCCUAUUCCAGGCCAUAUCUUCUUUUGCUAUUGGAAAGAUAAAGGAAGAGAUUAUGGAGGAGAAACUGGAAGCUGUUAAUACCUUCAAGUGGAUGAAAUCCUUGGCGGGGAAGAUUAUGGGUGCUCGCAAAAAGGAAGAGAGCGAAGAAUCCAUGAAGUUAACAGCAGAACAACAGAAAGAAAUCAAAGAAGGGAUCUUGAAAUGGGAGACAGUGAUUGCUCGAAUCACAAACACAAUGCUACAAAGCACAGGAAGCUCCUCUGCUUCAGGUGGAGAUUCUACAAGUGGAAAAGAAACUUCAAGCGGCAGUGGCAAAAGCUCUGGUAGCGGAAGCUCUAGCUCCGGUAAGGGAAGCUCUAGCUCCGGUAGUGGAACCUCUUACAAAGACACAACAGGUUCAAGUUCUGACAUGGGCAGUUCUAGUGGAAGUCCUGCGACCAGUCCCUCUGGUUCAACCGAUAUUGCUUCAGGUGGAAGUGGAACUUCUUAUGCGGAUACUACCGGUGUAAGCUCUAUAAGCCCUGCUGGAAGUCCUGCAAAUAGUCCUGCAGGCUCCACCACUAGCAAUAGCCAGGGAAGCACAGUGGCAGAAGUCGAGGCUGAGACUUCCAAAGAAGUCAUGCAAUUCAUAAUGAACCUCGAGAAGAAGUGUCCACCGAAGGAGGAAUUCAAGUCCUUCUUCGAGAAACUCAAGGGAACCAUGAUGGCUUCCGCAAAGGUUACUUCUGAGAAGAAAAACGAUUUCUUUUCUGGGAUCAAAUCUGCUGCUGGGAAAGUAUCCGAUGCCAUGUCAUUUAUGGGUUCAAGACUUGGAAGCAAAUCAUCAGAGGUGAAGAAAUCAAUGGAAAGUUACCAGGGAGAAGUGACGAAGGCUCUGCACGAGUUAGACGCCAUCCACAAGAAAAUUCUUAGUCAAAGCCAAGGCAAGAAAGAUGGGACUGUGACAGUCACAGAGACACAGAGGACAGAGAUUAAACAGACAAUCACCAAGUGGGAAACAGUCACAACCCAAUUCGUGGAGACUGCUAUGAAGAGCGAGUCUACUACAAACUCUCCAGCUGGUAUUGACAAAAUCAAGCUAAACUGAGCUCAAAGGCCUACCUAUAUUAAUCCGCAGCAAAUCAUUUUUUCCAAAAAACAUUCCAUACACAUUCUUAUC